UGUAAAAAAUAAAAGAAGAGAAAAAACAAAGUUACGAUUAAGAACCCUAGCCUAGGUCUUCUUCUUCUUCUUCUUCUUCUUCUUCAUCCUCCAUCGCAGUAGCAGCAUAGGGUGGUUGAACGGAAUCGGAAUCUCUAAACCCUAGCGGCAUCUUUAUCUGAAUUUCGAUGGGGAGGAAGAAGAAGCGCGUUGCUUCAAAGGUAUGGUGUUAUUACUGCGAUCGUGAAUUCGAUGACGAGAAGAUCUUGGUUCAGCAUCAGAAAGCCAAGCACUUUAAGUGUCACGUUUGUCAUAAGAAGCUUUCCACUGCUGGUGGCAUGUCCAUUCACGUUCUUCAGGUCCACAAAGAAAACGUCACCAAGGUGCCAAAUGCGAAACCUGGAAGAGAGAGUACAGAAAUUGAAAUAUACGGAAUGCAGGGGAUUCCGCCAGAUGUCUUGGCUGCUCAUUAUGGAGAUGAAGACGAUGAUGUUCCAUCAAAGACAGCCAAGGUGGACAUCCCAUCAACCCCAUUUGCAGGUGGAAUGGUGCCACCUCCUAUGGGUACCGGAUAUCCUCCACGAUCAACCAUGGGCCCAAUUCGACCAAUAUAUAAUCCUGCUGUACCAGGCCCUCCUAAUGCUUGGGGAGUUGUUCCACCUCGACCUCAGCCAUGGUUUCCCCAGCCUCCAACUGUUUCAAUGCCUCCUCCGGUUCAAUACCCACAGCAACCAUUAUUUCCUGUUCAGAAUGUGAGGCCUCCAUUGCCAUCAACUACUUCACCUGCACUACAAUCUCAGAUUACUCCUCCUGGACUGCCUUCAUCUACACCUCCUGUCCCAGUUUCACAGCCUUUGUUUCCUGUUGUUGGGAACAACCACAUGGCCACUCAAAGUUCACCAUUUUCCGCUGCACCCAUGUCUUCAAGUGUACCAUCAAUAACUCCUGGGCUUUCUUCAAAUGUUCCUAUUGACGCACAUUUGGGCAUCAACUCUUCUGUGACAAGUAGUUAUCAAGCAAUAGGGAUUCCAGGUGGGAUAGCAAGUAACUCGCAUUCUUAUGCUUCUGGUCCAAAUACCGGUGGUCCUUCAAUUGGACCUCCACCAGUAAUCUCAAACAAAGCUCCCGCUACUCAGCCUGCCACUAACGAAGUCUACUUAGUUUGGGAUGACGAGGCAAUGUCCAUGGAGGAAAGAAGAAUGUCUUUAACAAAAUAUCAGGUUCAUGAUGAAAGUAGCCAGGUAAGUCGUACUACCUUUUUAUUACUUGGAGUUGCUUUCACAUCUAACCAGAUGAGUAGGCUUUAUGCUUUCUGUUUUCAGAUUCAGUUGUUUACACAUAUUAAAAGAGGUACAUUCUGUAUAAGUUUGCAAUCAUUUAAAAAAAAAAACGGCAAACAAAAAAAGUGUAGGCUUUAUGCUUUCUGUUUUCAGAUUCAGUUGUAUACACAUAUUAAAAGAGGUACAUUCUGUUUAAAUUCCAAACACUUUAAAAGAAUAGAUGGCAAAGCAGACAGUUUAUGCUUUACGCUUUCUGUUCUCAUAUUCAGUUGUUUAUGCAUGCUAAAAGAGGUACAUCAUGUAUAAAUUUCCAAUCAUUUUAAAAAAAUAAACGGCAAAGAAAAAAUGAUCACUUAAUUCUCCCUUUUGCCUCCCACCUGAAUGGAAGUUACAUUUAUUUAAAGGACCACUGUCAAGUUAUGCUUCCAAUUUGGGGACCAUAUAAAGAUAUACGUAGCUAUUCUACUAAUUCCUUUUGGUAAUUAUGAUUAUAACAACAUAAUUUGUGAAGCUUGUUGCACACAACCAACUUUGUGAUCCUUCAUCCCAGCAUUUGUACACGAUAAAAGAGUAUGUAUAUGUGAUUUUUGUUGGGUUUGGUUUUACCAAUGUUAUUCUUUUUACCCUUUGCUUGAUUCGAAAGUUUGGGGUUUUGGGUGAAACAUGAUCUUACCCAACAGACUUUUGCUCAUUCGUAACAUCAUUACAAUUUAUUUUAUGGAACAAGUGAAUUCAGACUUGGCCCAGGUCAGCUUCUUUCGCAGAGUUUGGAUCUCUUGCAUAGGACCAUGCUCCAAAAUAUUUGUUUGUUGCGGUAAUUUGUGGUCUAUGAAUACUUUUUAAUUACUAUUGUCAUGUUUAUCUUGCAGAUGAGCUCCAUUGAUGCAGCCAUAGAUAAGAGGAUACUUGAGAGCAGGCUAGCUGGUCGCAUGGCAUUUUAAGUCGUCAAUAUUAUCCAUGUACACUUCUCAAAUUUCUUCAAUGAUAUGAACUGAAAAUGGCAUUUUAUUAAGCUUCUGACAACCGGCUUCCAACAUUCCUUUAAUUGAUCGAUGAUGGAACCUUAUUACUGGUGCCAUCCUUUGCUUAAAUGGGCAAAAGUAGCCCUUUCGUCAUUUUUAAAUCUGAGGAAGAAGGUUGCAAUGGUUUUGAAAGGCUCAUCUGACAAUAUUUGUGCUUGGGAAGUUGCAGACUUUGUUUCUCUUUUCCUACUUUUUUCCCGCUGAUAUUUGUAUUCAAACUUUAGGACAUGAUGAUAUAUAUACUUUAGGACCAUUUGGUGUAAUCUUUAUUUACAUGUCUUGAUUUGGGGGGAAAGACCGCGGUUCUUGAUUAUAUAUUUCGAUUAUUAGUAAUAGCAUUUACCAUUUUCUGUGUUA